AUGGAUGAACUGUUUGCUAUGGCUGGACUGCUUAAUUCUUUGAAUCGACUAGUUAUCAAUGGCGAUAAUGUUGUUAAUAGUGUCGUUCCCGAUAUUAUCACUGUUAUCAAUGGUGACAUUGAUGUCGAUGUCGAUGUCGGUGAUGCCACUGUUUUAAUUAACGAUGUUGUCACUGAUGUCGUUAGUUCAGUUGUCACUGUUGUCAAUGUCUCGUCUCUUCUCCAUUUCACGGGCAUUGUAGCAAAAGCAAAAUUGUUAAAGAAGAGAAUGGAAAGAAUAAGCAUUAAAUUAAGAAUUAACGACGUGAAUCAGGUGGUGUAG